AUUUUCCUCUCGCGAGAAGAAUAAAUGCAAAUGCAGAGCAAUUAAUUAAAUGAUCCGCAUUUUUGUGCUACAUUGACAUAAUUUUUCCCAUUCAAUUUUCCGCGACCUUUUUCCGUGUCAUUUCUCUGAAAUUGUUGACUUUGAUUACAUGCGCGCGUAGACAAUAACGGUCAGUUUGGUUCUUUCGUUAAGUUGGCUGAGAUGCUCGCACGUUUUCUUGUUUACACGUGAGUUUGCCUGAGAAUUUUGCUGAAAAUGGCAUCAAAUAUCAGUGGAUUUGAGUUGGUGAAUACCGAAGACAAGGGUCGAUGUUUGAAAGCCACGAGAAGCUUCCGCAAAGAUGACGUUAUCUUCGAGGAAUCACCCUUGAUAUCCUGCCAGUUCCCCUGGAAUGCCUUCUACGGAUAUCUCUCGUGUCAUCACUGUCUCAGGCCUCUGGAGACGGCUGAACAGUGCGCCAGGCGUCUGGCCAAUGACUCCUCGAUCACUCUGCCCUAUCCUGAGCAGUGUGGCGUCCUGAGGACGCGUGAGAGGCAGCGCAAGUGCGAGGAAUGUGGAAUUCUGUAUUGCAGCGAGGAAUGCCGGCUGGAGGCGUUCAAGAAGUAUCACGAGACUCUCUGUCGGCUCAGGGCGCCCCUGGAGGGUCUGCUGGAGAUCUGGCGCAACUGUCACUUCCCGCCGGAGACGUGCAGCAUCAUGCUGAUCGCGAGGAUCUUCGCGAUGGUGUGCCAGGCAGGCAAUCCUCAAGACAUUCUCAGCACCUUGAAGGAAUUCCAGUGCCAGGCAGUGUGUGACAGCAUUUGCCACAAGAUCCUGGGCGAGAAGUUCACUGAGCAGCUGACACGACUGCACGAGUGCAUGGCCGGCAUCUUCGUGGAGCCCGUGUAUCAGGAGCUCCUGUUGCCGGACAAUUUCAAGGCGCUCUUCGUGCUGGUGGGACGCAAUGGACAAGGCAUCGGCACGAGUUCCUUCGCCGCCUGGCAGAGGAACACCGAGCUGGCGAAUGUGGACGAUCGUGCGACGCUGGAGAAUGACAUUGAGGCGCUGUACGACAAGUUUGAGGAGUUUUCCGGCGGAUUCCUGGACGUGGAGGGAUCGGGAUUGUACGUGGUGCAGAGCAAACUCAAUCACAGUUGCCUUCCCAAUGCCGAGAUCAAGUUCCCACACUCCAAUCAUCGGCUGGUCAUCUCGGCGCUGCGUGACAUCGCGCCUGGCGAGGAGAUUUGCAUCUCAUACCUGAGCGAGUGUCUCCUGAAUCGCUCCAGACACACGCGUCACAAGUUCCUGCGCGACAAUUACCUCUUCGCGUGCACUUGCGGACUGUGCACGAGCCAGGCAGGCGAUCCGGACGUGACGAGUAGCGAAGAGGAGGACGAGGAGGAGGAUGAGGGAAUGCGGGACGGAAAUCAGGAUGCUUCGAAGGCCGAUGACGCAAUGGAGGCACUGAAUAUCAACUUAUAAAUUUAUUCACCUGC